CCAGGAUUCGCGCAUGAGCCUGAAAAGUGUUUAUCCUUAAAAUUUUGAUUGAGAAUAUGCCGAAGUGGUCAUUUAACUAAAAUUGCUCAUAAUAGUGAAAGUAAUGCUUAUUAACUAGGUUUUUCAACUUAUACCAUGUCGUACAAUGAAUCAAUGUAGGAAGUAUUUAUAAUGCGCCUGCAGAUUUCUGCCCCCGGGAAGACGCAGGAAGAAUCAGUCGAGUGUAGGGAUACAGUUCCGGACGGCGUAAAAUAUAUCGCUUCGUUGGACAUUGGAACUACCACGAUCAAAUGUUUUAUUUAUGCAGCCAAUCGCGACAUCGCCAAGUUGGACGUCGUUGGUACCGCCCAUGAGCAAGUCGAACUCGUGUAUCCCUCGCCUGGACAGGUGGAGAUCGUUCCCGGUCAACUGUGGGACAGCGUGUUGCGUACGAUCAGAAACGCAAUGAUGGAUGCCGCACUGAAUGUUGAGCGAAUAGAGUGUCUGAGCAUUUCAACGCAGCGUAAUACUUUCACUUGCUGGAACCGAAUCACCGGAAAGGUAUACCACAAUUUCAUCACCUGGAAAGACUUACGCGCCGAUAAACUCGUCCACCAAUGGAAUAACAGUUUCAAGCUAAGAAUGCUCAAGCUUGGUGCCCGGUUUCUACACUUUUUCUCUCGCAGUAAACGAUUUUUGGCCGGAAGUGUCAUCAAGAUGAUGAACCCACAAGUGACGUUACGACUCGCGUGGGUACUGCAGAACAAUGCCGAUUUACAGCGCGACGUGAAGAACGGUAAUGUCCUGUACGGAACAAUCGAUUCGUGGCUACUCUAUCGACUGCGGCAGGGUACCGAUCAAUCGCGCAUUGUCGAACAUGUCAGCGAUGUUACGAACUGCACUUCGUCGGGGUUCUACGAUCCCUUCGGGCAGGAAUGGGCCGGAUGGGCAUUGAAUUUAUUCUCAAUUAAGAAAGAGCUACUUCCGAAGGUGGUAGAUAAUUCCUACGAUUUUGGCUAUGUGGAUGAAUCGCUUUUCGGAAGUCCUAUAAGAAUUGGCGCUUCGAUUUCAGAUCAAUCCGCUUCGAUGUGGGGAAAUUGCUGUUUCGAGAAAGGAGACGUUAAAAUAACGCUAGGAACAGGAUCGUUCCUGAAUGUCAACACCGGAUCCACGUGUUUAGCCUCGGUUCAUGGAUUAUAUCCUCUGGUCGGCCAUAAACUUACUUUCCCACACGGCACAGAACUAAUCUAUCUGAUGGAAGGGGCUUCCAAUGACAACGGAUCCAUCAUCGAAUGGGCUAUGAACAUAGGACUGUUCGUAGAUCCCAGCGAAACGUCUGCGAUGGCUCUGUCCGUCACCGAUUCCGACGGUGUCUCGUUUAUUCCGGCUUUCAGUGGAUUAGGGCCACCGAUCCGUGACGACACAGCCGGUACCGGCUUUAUCGGUAUUAAACCAUCCACCAGGAAGGAGCACUUGGUUAGAGCCAUUCUCGAAAGUCUCGCUUAUCGAAUUGCACUGUUGUAUUCGAGUGCAUUGGACGAAACACGGUUCACAUUCAAUCGGAUUAAGGUCGAUGGUGGUGUGUCCAGGAAUGAUUUCAUUUGUCAAACGUUGGCCGACCUGACCGGGCUUCCGGUGGAGCGAGGCGAAGUAACCGACUCAACGGCACUAGGUGCCAUGUUUCUGGCCGGGUUGAACGUUGGCAUCUGGCGUAGCAAACAGGAACUAAUCGAUAUUAGGAAAAUCGAACGGAUCUUCCAACCGAACGGAGCAAAUAAAAGACACUGCAUGGUAAGCAUGCAAUCGUGGGAACGGGCAGUGGAACGUUUCAAGCGGUGGUACAUCACCGAAAAACUGAACAAUCUAAACUAAGAGUGCCUUUUCGGUACAGUUGUUGCUGUUUUAUUUUUCGUUGCAAUAAAGUUAUGUUUGACAA